UCGAAGUGCUAAUCUAUGCUGCGUACUGCGCAGAGGCUUGUCGGUCGGACGUGUGAGAGGAGCGAGACGAGAAGAGCGGAGCUUUUUAGAGGAUAGCGCGUAGCAGGUGUGAGACAUGUCUGGAAGAGCCAGAGCCAGAUCCAGGGGGAGAGCACGCGGCCAGGACACCGCCCCCGCCCCGGGAAAGGAACUAAAACCCUUGCCUAGCAUUGAGCAUCCAGGACCAUCCACUGACACUGACCUGGUUGGACGUGGUCGUCAGAAAACCGCUCCACCAGCAUCUAGACCACAAACAGCAGAGUUGGCCAUCUCAGCUGGUUUUCAAGACAUAUCAAUAGGAGAACGUGGUGGCAGAAAACGUGAUUUUCAUGAUCUUGGCGUUUGCACUAGGCAGACGAUUGAGCAUGUGAAAGUUUCUAAAACAGGUGUUUCUGGCAAAACUAUCCAGCUGUUUACCAACCAUAUUAAACUGAAUUCCCAGCCCAAGUGGUUCUUGUAUCAGUAUCAUGUUGGCUACAGUCCACAGAUGGAAUCCAGAUCUUUGAGAUCAGCUUUGUUGUUUCAGCAUGAGGAUUUGAUUGGAAAAGCCCAUGCCUUUGAUGGAACAAUAUUGUUCUUACCCAAACAACUGAAAAAGGUUAAUGAAGUCUGCAGCCAAACCCGUAAUGGGGAGAUUGUGAAGAUAACAAUUACUUUAACAAACGAGUUGCCUCCUACAUCACCUACUUGCUUUCAAUUCUACAAUAUUAUAUUUCGCAGGCUGCUCAGAUUGAUGAAUAUGAAGCAAAUUGGUCGCAAUUACUACAACCCUGAUGAUCCAAUUGACAUCAGAGAACACCACUUAACUGUUUGGCCUGGCUUCACAACCUCAAUUUUGCAAUAUGAGACCAGCAUUAUGUUGUGCAUUGAUAUAAGCCACAAGAUUCUUCGAAGUGAAACCAUUUUGGAUGUGAUGUACAACAUGCAUUCAAAAGUUGGAGCACACAACUUCCAUGAUGCUUGCAGAAAAGAACUGAUUGGACAAAUAGUUCUUACCAAAUACAAUAAUAAGACAUACCGCAUUGAUGAUAUUGACUGGGAAUUUACUCCAGAAUCUACAUUCAAGAAAUCAGAUGGCAACGAAAUUCGCUUUGUUGAUUAUUACAAAACACAAUAUAACAAACAAAUCACAGACUCAAAUCAGCCUGGAGUUAUCCACAAUCCCAAAAAAAUAAAAGGACCACCUGGAACACAACCAACUCCUAUUGUUUUAAUUCCAGAAUUUUGCUUUUUAACAGGUUUGACUGAUAAAAUGAGAAGUGAUUUUAAUGUGAUGAAAGACCUAGCAACGCACACUCGGCUAGCCCCAGAGAAAAGGAAAAAUCGAGUUUCAAGAUUCUUAAAUUACAUUCACAAGGAGGAAAAUGUCCAGAAAGAACUUCGGGCCUGGGGUUUGAACUUUGACACUAACUUGCUGUCUUUCCCUGGAAGAGUUGCUCCUCCCGAGAAAAUUUUGAUGUCAAAUAGAGCUGCAGAUUACAAUCCCCAUGAUGCAGACUGGUCAAGAGAAUUGAGAGGGCCUAGCCUAAUCCAUGUGAAACCCUUUGACAAUUGGUUGUUGGUAUAUGCUCGGAGAAACUACGAUGCAGCUAAUAUAUUAACACAGAACUUGUUCAAAGUAUCGCAACAAAUGGGCAUUAGAAUGAGUAAAGCGAUCAUGGUUGAAGUAGAUGACAGUACAGAUGCAUACGUAAGAGCUCUCCAGCAGAAUGUCCAGACUAAUACACAGAUGGUUGUUUGCCUUUUGUCCAGUAAUCGCAAAGACCGAUAUGAUGCUGUUAAGAAGUUUCUUUGCAUCGAUCGCCCAGUUCCCAGUCAGUGUGUUUUAGCAAGGACCUUAAGCAAACCCAAAACAGUUUUUUCAGUUGCUACAAAAAUUGCUUUGCAGAUGAACUGCAAAAUGGGUGGAGAACUGUGGAGCCUGGAAAUACCUCUGAAAGAUUUGAUGAUUGUUGGCAUUGACUGUUACCAUGACACACUGGCUGGAAAAAGGUCUGUUGCUGGGUUUGUUGCUAGCUUGAACCAAGGAAUGACACGGUGGUUUUCUCGAUGUGUUCUACAGGAUCAAAAACAAGAGAUUGUUGAUUUACUCAAAGUCUGCAUGCAAGCUGCCUUAAAAGCCUGGUAUUCUUGCAAUAAAACUCUACCUUCCCGAAUCAUGAUCUACAGAGAUGGAGUUGGAGAUGGGCAACUUAACACAUUGGUGAACUAUGAAAUUGCCCAGCUUGUUGAUUGCAUAAAAACUACAGGAACAGACUACAGCCCUAAGCUUUCAGUUAUUGUUGUAAAGAAGAGAGUUAACACCAGGUUUUUUGCCAACUCCGGGGGCGAGCUGCAAAAUCCACCUCCUGGGACAAUUAUUGAUGUGGAAGUCACGAGACCUGAAUGGUACGACUUCUUCAUAGUAAGUCAGUCUGUAAGACAAGGUACAGUGUCUCCAACACAUUACAACGUUGUAUAUGACACUAGCUCCCUGAAGCCAGACCACAUGCAGAGACUGACAUACAAAAUGUGCCAUUUGUACUACAACUGGCCAGGCGUUAUUAGAGUGCCAGCUCCUUGUCAGUAUGCCCAUAAACUGGCAUUUCUGGUGGGACAGAGUAUACACAAAGAACCACAUCUGUCACUUUCUGACCAACUUUACUACUUGUAGAAAAAGUCUGCAUAUUUUCUUAUGUUCAAUGUUUUAUGACAGUAGCAACAGUUUUGUCAUAUGUUGGUGUCUAUUCAGUACUGAAAUUCCACAUUUUUUUUCAGGCAUAUAUGCCAGCGUACAAUUCUAAUUGUUAUAGCGAAUAAUACACUUUCUCUGACAUACAAGGCACACCCUUUCUUGAUUGAGAAGUUUUUGUGUUGUCAACUCAAGGUGAAAUAUAAGCAGUCUGCAUCCAGGACCAAUCACUCACAUGUGAUUGCUGCAUGAGCAAAAAAACAUGCAAGUGACUAUGAUUAACUGCGGAAGUGGCAACCUCCCAUUGCUUUCAGUGGGGCUGUUGCCCACAGCUUUGUAUUUGUGGGUCAGAAUGCCCCCUAAAGCUGUCUAUUCAGUGAUUAAAAUUUGUCAAGUCCAUUUUCAACAUAUUCUGUAAGCAUGACAUACCAUGCCCAUGUUCCUUCAGGGAAGAUUCCUUCAUCCGCCUGGUUUGUGUGGAUAAAGAAAUCUGUUUUAUUUUAUCGAAAUAUAACAUGAUCAUUAAAUAAAUGGUCAUUUUAAUAUCAGUUGGUUUUAGUAUAGGCAGUAACCUGUUUGCAACACAAUUUGAAAAUAGCAAUUUGAAAAUAAUUAAGUAGAUUGUGUUUACUUUGUUCACACAUGAUUGAAGUCAGCACAACUUCAUCUCAUUGAAUAAGAGAAAAUAGUAAACAUCCUUUGUUUGUUUUUUAUUUUCAUACGAUUGGAUAUUCUUUGCAAAGUGAAAUUAUUUAUGUUUUACUUUAGUCUCCAAAAUUUGAGAAAAUUAGUCAGCCUUAUGGAUUCAUAUGUUUUUGUGUUCAUGCAGUUUGUGUUUGUUACUUUUUACUUGCAAUAAAAGUCAAUUUACAGUGUA